AUGCCCCUCAUGAUGGUCCGUACAUGGGCGAUCUGCAACAAGAAUCGCUUUGUGGGGGUCCUGCUUGCCGUCAGCUGGUUGGUCUCUCUGGCGCUGUCUCUGUACGCGGCACAGUUCUACAUCGGAACGCCUUUUGCAAACAUACCCGGCCUGGGACCCAUUGGCGGCUGCACGAAUGCUAUUGCUAAUUUCUGGCCUACCUGUGAGUGCAAGUAAUUGCAGGCGUAUCCAACAAGCUACAAGUACUACAGCUCACGUCCACUGAAUCGACUUGUCCUCAAUCUAGCCAUGUUCAUCGCCUGGGGCACCGUCGACGUGAUCUGCUUUGUGCUGGCUGGUGGUCAGAUCUUGCUACUGUGGAGGCGUACUGGUUUUAGAUCCUCCUUGCAACAAGCCCUCUUUAGAGAGGGUCUGCAAUACUUCAUCACCGUGAUGUCGAUCAACGUCAUCAACAUUGCCUUCACAGUGACGAACACUUUGCCGCCAUUCAUUCGACCAGCUAUGGCCCAGCCAGCAGCUGUCGCGACAUGUGAGUGAGAUGAAGGUGCUGUCGAGCGUGCUGUCAUGCGUCAUGCUGAUGUCGUUGCCCUUUCUCAGUGGUUGGAACGUCCCGCUUGUACAUGGCGCUCCUCAACUUUGGCAAUCAAGGCUAUGCCGCCGGCUCCACUUCCAGCAGGGAUCAAGUGCAAGCGAAGGCCAACCAUGCGGCGGCAAAGGAGGGAUUGCUAGCUCCGGCUGCGAUCCAAUUCGAAGUCGAAGGCUGGACUCGCCAAGCUGCGGCAGACCUGGAGAGCAGAUCACACCGCAUCCGCAACUUCUCCCACACGGUGCCCGCUGCGAGUCCACCACCUACCCCCAUCGUGCACCUGACGAGGAUGCCCCGACCUGCAUUUCCAAGGGGAGGCAGCGUGGACACGCAGAGCACGCGCUUUGAGCACUCGACGCCGACGCUGAAGGGCAGUCAGAAUGCUGACUACUACGGUUGGAUCCGCGAAGAUUCAAGCGAAAAGUCGGCCCCGCGCUGA